UAAGUAUCUGACUGUUACCUGUGGCUGAUUGUCAUGGAAGACCUCUUUCUUUUUCCGUUCCUUGCGCGUUUCUUUUGCUCAUCUGUUCUCACCCCCACCAGCUAAUACCCCGCAAAGCACCGAUAAGGUAUAAACAGAAAACAAAAAAUAAAAGCAAAAUCACCAUACUAUCGCAAAACAUAAAGUAGAAAAGGAAGCUCUCGUCCGAUAGGAGGAUCCCAAGUCUGCACUUCUAAGAAGUGUCUGUGUGUGGACAUAAACACCUUGUCUACUGGAAGAAUAGUGACGAAAGCAAAACUACCUGUCAUACACUGUCGAUAUAUCUGGUCCAGGAAUAACACAACGAGACAAACCAUGAUCCCUACGGCGGUUGAGAGUGGCAGCGCCAAGGAGGAGGCUUUCGUCCAAAAAGGAUUCAAAGACCCAGGAGUUGUUCCCAACCCAAUAGUUGAAGGUGAAUGGACGCCCGAAAAGGUGCUGGACACUCUCACUACCGGCAAACCGACGGAAGGAUCGGAUUCUCCGGUACCAUACUUUCAUCUCCUCGAAAGGCUGAAGACGACCAAGCGCGAGGGAUGGCGCCGUUUUGGAAUUGAGAGGGGUGAAUCCAUCGCCGACCACAUGUACCGCAUGUCCCUGAUGUCGAUGCUCGCGCCUCCCGCACUCGCUCCCCGCCUCGACCUGAACAAGUGCAUCAAGAUGUGCUUGAUCCACGACAUGGCCGAGUCCCUAGUCGGCGACAUAACCCCCGUCGACGGUGUCGCAAAGCCCGAGAAGGCGCGCCGCGAGGCCGCCACCAUGGACUACAUCACCUCGACGCUCCUGAGCAACGUCUACGGCGGCGGCAACACGGUGGGCGCCGAGAUGCGCGCCAUAUGGCAGGAGUACGAAGACUCGGAAACCCUGGAGAGCAAGUACGUUCACGACAUCGACAAGAUGGAGCUCAUAUGCCAGAUGGUCGAGUACGAGAAGCGCGGCGAGGGCAGGUUGGACCUCGGGGAGUUUGCGUGGGUGGCCAAGAAGAUGGUCCUCCCCGAGAUGAUUGCGCGCGGCGAGGAGAUCUUGAAGGAGCGCGAGGCGUUCUGGGCCGGGAGGAACCACGUCAGGGGGGAGGCGGGCGUCGACGGCGGCGUGUCGGCCUCUCAUAUCGAGCAGUCAGACGCAUACUACAGCAAGCCCGAGGAGAAGUAAAUCCCACGGAUGGCGGCAGGCAUUCGGCAUGCAUAAAGUAGUUGUGCAUAUCUUCUGUCUGGUUCUUCUCAUGUCUCGUCAAUUCAUUUACAGUUAGGACUGUCUUCACUAUGGCGUUAGCGCAGAUUCAUUGCUCUAUUUCCCCUAGACUAGCAUAGACAUGAUCUGAGGAUUCCCAAGCAACAAUAAAGAUCGUAAAGCAGACGUGAUCAGUGCGUUUUGUUUGCGGUGAACGGAUGCAAAGAAAAAGAGGCUUUAUUUUAGUGGUUUGGUCCAAUGAGCUCAUCAUCGCAGGCUUUGCUUCCU